AUGGACGAGGAGCAAAAUGAACAUGCGAAUGAAAAAGAAUUGCAAACCUUCUUAAACGAAAUAGAAGACCUUGUUAACGAAGCAGAGGUGAAGACAGACUUUAACGAGGCGGAGGAAUUGAUGAGAAACACGUGCAAACAGUUAAUCGAGAAAAAAAAAAAAAACAGCAGUUGCCCAAUUGACCAGAAAAUAAAGUUAUUCCUCGAGGAAGUCAAUUUUAUUAAUUACACACUUGACGAAUAUGCCAAGGAGAGCCAGCGUAGAGAACAAAUUUCAGACAGGAGCAAGGAACAAAUAGGUGAGCUUCCAUCCCAGGGGGAGAACUUGCCCUCCAAGGAGCAGGACGAAAUGCUGAAGGAUCUAGUUUUUUUGGAAUUAGGUUUGAAGGAGACCUCUCCAGCUGUGGGCGAGGCCAAAGAACUGCUGCUAACAAUUAGCGAGAAUUUUGAGAAAAUCGAGAACAAGGAAUUCGUACUGACCACGAAGAAGGCUCUGGACAUACGAAUCGAUGACUUCCGAAGGAAUGAAAUAAGUGCAGAUUAUUUUUCCAAAAGGAUAAGUCAGAUACACGCGGACACGGUGAACCAAUUGGCACGUGAACUAGAAGAGAAGGAGAAGAACUCCACGACGAUGUGCCGGGAAAACACAUCAAAGGAGGGUCCCGAAAAUAAUCCACAUGGCGAACUUCCCAGGUUGAAUUUAACUUUGGUAUCUUCCAUGGAGCCAUCCGCCGGUGAAGCUGCCACAGAAGGGGGGGAACUCUCCAAUGCUGCUUUCUCUCAAAAUGACAAGUCAGAAGAAGGGAAAUGUGAAGCGCACACAUCCAACUCGGGGGGAAAUAGCACCCAGCGGAGAAGCCGAAAUGAGAAGAUAAUGGUCCAUUCGAAUUUCUUCCACAAAAAGAAGAUGAAGCUCAUGGAGCGCUGGCAGAAGGUGGCCGAAGAAUCCAAGCUGAGGAAUGACUCCGACUCGAGUUGUUAA